AACAUAUUUACAUCGGUUGAGAGGAGAAACGAUGUAAAUAUAUGAAAUUCUACAUCGGUUUUGCUUAUGACCGAUGUAGAAAUGACACCCUAAUAUUACCCUACGAAGGCACUUCUCAUUCACUCAUGAGCAACAUAAACCCAGCCGUCGCAAGCAACGACGAAGACCUCACCACGACGCAAUGGGAACCUCUCUUCUUCGCUCCCACGAUUGUCUUCAAGGCCACGACGCAAUGCCCCUCUAUUCAUCUUCCAUUAGAUCACAAAGAACCCCUAACCCUAGCCCCAAUCCUUCUCACGCUCGCCGGCGGAAGGCCUACGACGACGAUCGCUCCGGCAUGGUGGUGAAGGGCCCCGGCGCAAACCUCGUCAUGGGCCAAGUCAAGAUCCUCAAGAGAGGCGAGAAGUUAAGCCCCGGCGCGAACCUCACCCUGCGUAACCCUAACCUCCUCUUCUCGGUCCAUUACGAGAGCCUCCGCAUCGCGCUAUGGUUCGACCACCGUGCCAUCUCCUCUGCCCUCAUCGAGCCCUUUCAGUGA